CGAGGUUAUAAAAAUUAGAAAAAAAGAGGAAAAGUAAAUUAGGUUAGGUUAUAACUGAAGAAAGACUUUAAAUAUUUAUAUAAUAAAAUUUACAUUAUGUGGAAAGCCGCAAUUUCGACAGUGACUAGUACACUAAAAACACAAAGUACACUACUGACAGCCACUGAUUUAGUGUAUCAACAAGCUAGAACGACUUAUGUUUUAAAAAGAAAAUAUCCCGUGUUACUAAAUAAGAAAGGACAUCCCAAAAAGCCAUUAAGGAGUAAACAUUAUGUAUAUGAAGUUGUGAGAAAUACUCACCAUGAGCCUCAGUCCAAUAUUGAAGUUGUUCUGACUUCUGUUGUAGAAGGUUUAGGAAAUGUAGGUGAUAAAGUAUCACUAAAAGUGAAUAAAGCGUACAAUAAUUUAUUAUUAACUGGUUUAGCUGUGUAUCCAACCCCAGAAAAUGAGGCAAAAUAUAAAAGUGCUGGGCAAAGUAAAGAUUUACUGAAGUACAGUUCGCCUUCAGCAGCGAAUACUGUCCAAUCACUUUCCAGAAUGAUGUUAUCAGUUGUUAUGAAUAAAGAAACACCAUGGACAAUAAAACCUUGGCAUAUCAAAGCGUCAUUUAGAAAAUGUGGAUAUUUUGUACCAGAAGAAGCAAUAACAAUUCCUGGGACACCAAUUUCUGGACCAAACAUGGAUUUAGAAGGCAAAGAAUUUGCAGUGACUGUAACUAUCAAUAAACAAGAAAAAGUUAAUGUGCGUUGCAGGCUUCAUCAUUGGAGUACUGAAGUUGCAUCACGAUUGCCAUAUGUUCCUGAAUUCUGGAAAAUCCCAACAGAAUCAAUUUUACCAGAACAAGCAUCCCUCUUAGAAACAAUGCCUAAGAAGAAAACUAUGAUAAAAAAACAAUAAAUGUAAAUAAAUAUAAGAUCCUUAAAAAAGCUCUAA